UGUCAUAAUGGAUCAUAGUGCUUUAAUGGUGAAAAUAUUCACGGCUCUUGCGGUCAAUCAGAUAUUUUGUCACGGAAAUAUAUUCUGCCCAGAUAGAUGCAUAUGUGGGAAUGUUGGAAAUUUACUCACCGGGAAUGAUAAACAAUUUAGCCAGAACGAAGCACCAUCGAUUAAAACGGAUGAUGAGAAAAAAUCAGCCUUGAAUAUUUUACGAAAAUACCACUGGGAUUAUUAUCUACAUUCCGCGGGAUUUUCCAUCAUUUGUCCUUCGCAUAAUUUCACAUCUAUACCAAAGGUACUAUAUUAUAAACCGAAUAAUGCUGAACGUAUGUCCGGAUCAACUCAUCAUAUGACGUCAGUUCUUGUGUUACGUCACGGACUUUUGAAAUGCAUUAAGCGUCAUGAUCUGCCAACCAACCUUCAAGUCGCAGAUUUCUCUAACAAUCAAAUUACGCACAUAGACAACAAUGUACUGAAUGGAUUGUUACAUCUCCAGGUUCUGAAUCUUCAGCACAACUCAUUGAGUCGAUUUUCUUUGUAUGCGGGAAUAUUACCUUUACCUCGAUUGCGUUUGAAGCACCCUGUGAUCUUAGUGAAGGAAAAUCCAAUCCAAUGUUCAUGUGAUCUUUAUUACAUAGUGACACAGCAUUUGGGCAGAGAAGACUCCUCGUGCUUGAAUAUGAAAAACAAUAGUCAAGACGAAGAAGAAUCCAAUGCAACCAGUACUCAGGAUCAAUAUUCAAAUGUUCAGAUAACAAUGGUUCCUCUACUUUUUCUACGUCACAUUGCAAUAGAGAUGGUCUCGUUCUGCAUGAAUCCUAAGGUUUCAUUUUCCCAGUUUUUUACAUCACAAGAAGCCGAAUUUCAAAGUUUCAUGGAAGACUAUGAAACAAGAGAGAUACCUCCUCAAGUGAAUAGACGACGAGAUUUGUAUCGAGAUUAUUUUUAUUUUAUCAAAAACAAAGAUGACGUCGAGAAGAAGGAAGCUGAUCUAAACAAGACUGCGAGGGCAAAGAAAUAUCGGUCCUGGACAAUUGAUUAUCCAUUACUGAUUACUAUGUUUGGUUGGUUCCUCAUGGUCUUUGUCGGACUCUCAAAAUUCAUUAAGAGUAACUCACUGGAUUAUGAAAUGCAUAAAGAUUAUUUAUUGAAACUAGACGAGCAAGAGAACGAAGUUGUGGGAUCGAUACGAACACCGAAGAGCAAAUUAUUACGGGAAAUGACGAUAGAUAGUGGGAGAUGAUACAAUACAGAGAAUGCGUUUAUUGAGCAAAUGUCUCGAAGCCACAAGCGAAAGUUUUAAUUAAUCAGAACUGAUUCACAACAAAAGCAAACUUUCUGCAGUGAAAUAAACACAAGACAAGCAUUUGUGUGUUGAUCUUAGACUUAAGUCUAUAAAAAUCUACUGUUCAAAGAAUCGUUUCAUAUGUAUUGAAUUCGAAAAUUUCUAUUUAUCUUUGUAAAACUAGUAAUUUGUUAUAUUCUGCAAGUUUCAAAAAUGUAUAAGUAAACUGGCAGCAAUUUUGAUUUUGCAUGUUAGUGACUUCAAAAUAUUCAAUUUUUAAUUAAAUAUGCUUUUUGAAUGCGUUCAUUUUGAAUAAAAAUUGAAAAUAAUAAGCCAUAUUCACAAAAUUUUGUCAUUUGUUUUAUUUUAAUAUAUUUAAAUUUACCAUAAAAAUAUUUAUUUUAUUUGUUGUAAGACAUGAGUCACAUUGGUUUAUGAGUUUUAACAGUGUAGCUAUCUAUCUAUCGUUUUGAAUAUAUUUUUAAAUUCUCAAUAUUGUUGUACACAGCUUCUAUAUGCAAUGAAAAUAAAUCAAACUUCUACAUUUUUAAUAUUUUAAAUAAAACUAAUCAUCUUAUGCGAGAAGUGAUGAAUUUGCGCAGAUAACUUUACUUGCCAGUCACGUAUAUAUCACGUAUAUCAUCUAUUUAGGAAUAUUCAAUUAUAAUUUCUUAUUUUAAAAAUUUCCAUUAUUUCAAGUUGAGCUGCGCCAUUUUUGAGUGUCCACAGUGUAGUCAGCUGGCGUAAAUUGGAUCUCUACUAUGAUCUCUAUUAAGCUAAGAAACUGCAAUUUUCCUGUCGAUGCUUUAAUCUCGGAAACGUUAUCCAAUUAUUCCUAAUAAUAUUGACAUUUCGGACUAAUGUAGUUAAAUCUUCUAUCUAUGUUCCAGACUAGGCAGGACUAACUAUAAAUUGUGCAAUGUUUGGCAAAAGUAAUUUCAUUUAUUCAUGUUAUUGACUAAAUAGUGAUAUUACAAAUGCAAGUGCCAAAUACUUCUCCUCUCAUAAAAUAUUCAAAAAGGAAAUGUCACAUUUCUA